GAAUGGCAACUUUUCGUGGGUGGGUUGCUCAAGAAUUGGGAAGCAUGAACAGGUGAGGUGCUCACCACUGAGAAGGCGGUGGCGUACCUGCUCAUUCUUCGGGAGUAGCUGAAACAUCCUCUUCGGAACAAAACAUCAAGUGACAAUGCAACAUAUACUCACGGUCUUGAACAACUGGUUUUGGUGGGAGGACAUGUGGAUGCCCAGAAAUUGUUCAUGGGCCAACUUUGAAGAUCACAAUGGAUAUGUCUUUCCCAAACCGCAACAGCUAUUUGCCACAAUCCCAUAUGCUUUCGUGAUGUUGGCCAUUCGGUUCUUUCUUGAAAGAUGUUUUGCCAUUCCUCUCGCCAAUAUGUUGGGCAUAAAGAAAACAAGACGCAUCAAACCUCAGCCCAAUCCCACGUUAGAGGCUUUUUUCAAAGAGUGUAGAAAACCAUCACAGUCAGAGAUACGUGGAUUAGCCAAAAAGUGUAAUUGGACUAUGCACCUGGUAGAAAAAUGGUUCAGGCGGCGACGAAAUCUAGAAAUCCCAACUUUACACAAGAAAUUUCAAGAGGCUUGUUGGCGAUUUGUAUUCUAUACUACCUCAUUUACUGCUGGAAUUAUAUUUCUCUAUGAUAAACCCUGGUUCCAUGAUAUCUGGCUGGUGUGGCUGAACUAUCCAUUUCAUUCAGUUCUGCCAUCCCAGUAUUGGUACUACAUGCUUGAGAUGAGUUUUUACUGGUCGUUGCUGUUUACUCUUGGAAUCGACACCAAAAGGAAGGACUUUAAAGCCCACGUGGUCCACCACUUUGCAGCCCUGGGUCUGAUGUUCUGCUCCUGGAGCGCCAAUUACAUCCGACUUGGAACGCUGGUGAUGAUUGUCCACGACUUCGCCGAUAUUUGGCUGGAGGCUGCUAAGAUGUUCAACUACGCUCGCUGGGAGAAUACCUGCAGUGUCCUUUUUGUCAUCUUCUCCAUUGCAUUCUUCAUCACACGACUCAUUCUCUUUCCUUUUUGGAUCCUACGGGCUACACUAUAUUAUCCUGCACUUUAUACAGACACACUUGUCCCAGCCUACUUCUUCUUCAACGUACAGCUGUUGAUUCUACAAGGUCUACAUAUCUACUGGGCAUACUUAGUUUUCAACAUUCUGAAGAAAUUCAUUUUUGUAAAGGUGCUCAGGAUUCCUAUCCCAGCUUGGGCUAAUAUAAGCAAUGAUAAGAAUGUGAAAGAUGACAGGAGCGACGAAGAGGAGGAAGACUCAUUCAGCGAUGCCGAAGAGGAGUACAUGAAAAAUGGACACAAGAACGGAUCAAGCCAUCCUCUCCUGAACAACAAUCAUUAGCGCGUUGCCAGUACCGUUUCCCCGCGGCGUUGCUUGCUGUGUCCGUAAACCAUCCUGCAGCCGAGAGCUUAGCGUCAACAUCUUAACCAGAGUCCAUGAUUGAUUUUAUUGCCGGUCACUAGAGCUGGAAGAGAGCCCAGUUUUUUACAAGAGCGAAAAUAAUUUGCUUAACUCUACAAUAUGUGUUUAAUGGCCCUCUUCUGAAUACACUACAUAAGGGCAUACAGCAAACAUGACCUUUUCAACUUUUUCAGUGCUCAGGAUGGUCUUGGGAUAUUGUGGUUUAGAACUGAAUUGACAUUCACAUUUUGGUAACAGCCUUUGUAUAGUUUUUGCCAAGCCUGUAAUGUUUUAGCUUGAUUUGGGAAGUAUGGAAUGAGGACAAAUUCCACGGACGAAUGGUUUUUAAUGCAGGGGAAAACCAUGCUGGUGGAAUUCCUUAAGUAAAAUGUUAAGUAUUGUCAUUGGGCUUCACGUCUUUAUGAGAUGCUUCUCUGAGUAUUGGAUCUAUGUUCUUCUUGGUGGAGCUGUGUGAAGGAAGAAGUCAUCAAGAGCAGGCUCUAGCAAGGUCCUCCGUGCUGUUUUUCACUAGACAGAUCUAUCUAUCUGUUUGAUAAUGAAUGGGAGUAAUAGAAGAGUUUGUGCAUUGGAAGAAAUAUUCUGUGGAUGGAUAGAAUGAAGAGGGCUAUGAUACCUGCCUGGCAUGUUGUAUCCAACAAGCUUGAAUAUGAUCUUUAUGUCUCCCUUUCCUGCUCAUCUGUCCUUCCACCUUGGAGCUGCAGGGAUGGCAGCCACCCACUUUUGAAAAAACAAUGGCAGUUUAUUCUUUUUGGAAUAAACAAAAGAAGUUGGUAGAUCCCAGAAUCCAUGUUCAGUCUUAUCUAACCCAGAGCCGCCUUCCCUUGUUGGCUCACGGAGGCCAAAGCACCAACAGCACUGACAUAUCAAUUGCAGCCCAAUAAAACCUCUUGCUUUACUAAUGUUGGGUCUGUGUCAGCGGUCAUGAAAGGAGGGAUUAGGGAUGAAGCCGGGAGUCAAGAGUCUGGGAAAAAACUACAUAGGAAGGCUUUGGUACUCAAGCAUAGUCCCACCUCAUGCUGGAGAUGCCUUUUAGUCUCUUGUGUGCUGGAGGCUCAAGCGGACAUUCAGAGUACAAUGUUCCCUCACUUAUCGCGGGGGUUAAGUUCCAGGACCACCAGCGAAAAGUGAAAAUCCACGAAGUAGGGACGCUAUAUUUGUGUUGUGUUUAAGUAGCGUCUCUGUCCUCUCCUCACCUCUCAAGCACGCACAUGCAUGCUUCUGUUGCUGCUGCUGCCUUGUGAGGAGAAAACAAAGUUGUUUCAGCCUCCUUUUCUCUUCCUUCCUUAGGUUUCACCUUAAGAAUGAAGUAGAAAGAGAUUUAUAAUAGUAUUUUAUGAUUUAUACUAUUAUUUUAGUGUUUAUUAAAAACCCGCGAAAAUGCGGGGACUGAAAAGUGAACUGCAAAGUAGCAAGGGAACACUGUAUUUCACCAAUCCCGGGAGAUGGUCCAAACAGCUUGCUUAUACUCAAGGCACCGGCAUGCAUGCCUCGAAGUGCCCAACUCCAUCCUUUUUAGCUAAGCAUGCCCAGCUUGAGAAACACUAUUCCUCUCUCCUACAGGAAAGGAGAUUCCACCUGAACAUUAGGAAGAACUUCCUCACAGUGAGAGCUGUUCAGCAGUGGAACUCUCUUCCCCGGGCUGUGGUGGAGGCUCCUUCUUUGGAGGCUUUUAAGCAGAGGCUGGAUGGCCAUCUGUCGGGGGUGCUAUGAAUGCGAUUUCCUGCUUCUUGGCAGGGGGUUGGACUGGAUGGCCCAUGAGGUCUCUUCCAACUCUACUAUUCUAUGAUUCUAUGGUUUCUUGCAAUUAAGGCUGUCCCUAAGCUCUAAGAAGCUUUCUAUGGGUACUAAAGAUUAGCAACGUUGCUGCACUGUCGUUGUUGACAGUACAUAUCACACAGAUUGGCAAAUUGAUGAAGCUAUGCUAAUGAAAAAAAUUGUGAUAUUAAUGGUGCUCACCAUGGUGUGCACCCACUAUCAAUGAUAAUGUGACUGUAAUUGGAUAGGUGAGUGGAGUGACAGAGUCCUAAACAAUUAUGUAGGCAAAUGUAUGGAGAGCCUUCAUAGGUCUUGGUCUGUAUUGCCUCUUUUGUGGGCCAUCUCUGCCAGGGAAGUAGCAUACUUAAGAAGCCAAGCCAUUGUUUUUGGUUUCUUGGUGGUUUUGUACCAUCAUUUUGAAAUGAGUGUUCUGUAAAACUACCUCGUUUCCCUUUAUCUGGAAAAUCUCCCUUCCAAUCUGGGAUUUAGCAGCGUGGCACCAUCCAGAUGCUUUAGGGCUAUCAGUCUUAUCAUAUGGCAUAGCCAAUUGUUGGAAGUUGCAAUGCAAACCAUCUUGAGGGUAUCUGAUGUGCUUAUGGCUGCCCUCAUCUGUUCUGUAAGGAAGCUUUGGCCCUUGUUGGAGAAAUCCUUCAUAAGUAAGGACAUGUUCAAUCUUUAUGUUAACAAAGCCCUUAGUGGAAUGGGAGAAAGUUUUCAAUAUAGAUAUUAAAAUUUGUAGAUAUUCUCAGUUUGAAUCAUCCUGGUGACUUUUCACUUUUAGUGGCUUAUUUUUCCCCAAAAUAAUGUUUGGCAAAUAAUUAGAAAUAUUGCACCAAGACUUUCCAGUUGCUAAGCACCAGAGUCCUGCAAAGGCAAUGUCACACAGGAUCCAUACACUCUGUAUUCUGGGUUGUUGUAUGUUUUUCGGGCUGUAUGGCCAUGUUCCAGAAGUAUUCUGGUAGCCUGAUAUGCCUUCUCUCUACCUAACAUGGUCUGGAAGGUUAUAAGGAGGGAGUAAGGGACUAGGUAUGUUUUUGCCUGGAGAGGAGAAGGAUAAGCCAUGUUUAUAACAUCUGGAAGAUGGAGCCAACUUGCUUUCAGCUGCUUCAGGGACAAAGACAUUGAGCAAUGGAGUCAAACUGCAAGCAAAAAAAGAUUCCACCUAAACAUUAGGAAGACCUUCCUGACGGUCAGAGCUGUUUAUGACAGUUUAAGAUGUUACUCCUCUGGAGGUUGGAUGACCAUCAAUUGGGAGUGCUUUAAUUGUAUAUUUCCUUGUGAUCUCAAUCUGUGAUUUCAUGUUUUUCACCAUAUAGGGCUUUACUUGAAUCUCAUUUGGGGACGACGACAGAAUUUCAAUAAAAUGAUUGAUUGGUUG